CCUCGAUAGGGCCAGACCGCGGGUAGAAGCGCAGCUCGGACGCCUCGGCGUAGCAGGCGCCAGUCUCUCAUUUCCACCGGCCCUCGCACCUCACCAUCAUGAACCGCAUGGACAGCCUUCGAUCGAUGGCCACGAGCGCCGGCUCCAUGGCGCGCACGACCGCGUCGACCGCGGGCUCGCUCGCGUCGUCGGCGAUGCUCGGCGCCAAGGUUGCAGCGCCCGUCAUCAAGGAGAAGGGCAAGUACGUGUGCACGCAGGCCGGCGUCGCCGCCUCCAUGGGCAAGUCGACGCUUGAGAGCAAGCUCAAGAAAGUUCAAAAGUCGUCAACGUACCAGAACCUGCGCCAGCGCCUCCCGACGUGGACACCAGGCACAAAGGCCGGUGACGACGCCAGCGCGCAGAACUUUGCUUCGACGGAAAAAGAGUACUUCAAGAUGGACCCAUCUGCCGCCAAGCAGCAGAUGCGCCGGUCCAAGUCCGAGCGCCGCACGCCGUCCAAGGAGUCGGCCAAGCCGCGAUCGCUGGCGCGCACGACGACAACCGUGGCCGAGGCCGCGCCCGUGGCUGCACCGGCCCCCGAGCCCAAGCCGGCCAAGACGUCGAGUCUGGUGAGCGAGCGCAUGAAGGCGUUCGAGGUCAAGCCCAUCUCAGUGCGGAAAACAAGCACCGAAAUCGCCUUCUAGACGCCUCGCUGCUCUGCGUUUGUAUCUGUCACCUAUUUACACGACCCUUCUUCUCUUCCUAUA